AUGCUCCGGGUCCUCUCCCUCAGCCGGAGAACGAGUUCGAUCUCAUCCGGGAUCCCGAAAUCCUGCCGGAAGUGUCGAGGUUUCGGCGUCGAGCGUCGUCUCGGCGUGCGGCGUGAACUUCCCGUCACCGCCGAGGUCGACGGCCUUUCCCUUCUCUUGCUUGACGAUUCGUCUUCGGAGGCAUGUAGUCGGAGGAGAGACGGAGGAAAAAGAGGCCCACUCAAGCCCAGCAAGAAGACCUCGAGCCCACCAAGCGACUCCCUCGUAAGCCAGUUAACUGCCAUCCGAGCUAUUCCGGUCGACGUAAAGACGAGCUCCAGCUCGAUCAAGGACCAGGUCGGCACUGCGAAGAAAGACGAAGUCAAAGAAGAUCUCCUUCAAAUCCGGUCUGGUCCGAGAUCACCGGGAUCGUUAGCUGCACGUGGCGAGAUACGCGGAGGUGGAUCGUAG